AUGCAUUGCUUUCCUGAAGUUUUUGGCUACUCAGUCGAGGCAGGAGAAAAAAUUUUCCCUCCUCAUGAGUAUCCUAGCUGCGAAAGCUUAACUUUAAAUCCACCAAAAAUGGAGAUGAAUUUUACUGAGAACAAAUUAAUUAUGGAAUGCGGAGGGAAAGCAAAAGGCUAUUAUAUUCUUGAACCAAAAGAAUCAAAAAAUUCUUUAUAUUUAUUGCAAGAAAUGAGAAAAAUGUGGGAGGUUAAAGAAUAUGAUGGGCCAGUUAAUUUAAAACACAAUGAAGAAUAUGCUUUAGGAUCUUGCAAUGGAAGUAAGUGAAAUGGAGCUAUUUAUAUGCCGAGAUUUAAUGAGGAGGCUUAUAACAGGACUAAAGAAAAAAUAAAAGAAUUAUCUGAAAAAACUGGAGUGUUUCAUAGACCUCAAAUAGUGUUUAUGCUUACUGUAGACAGCUUUUCAAGAAGGCAUUUUUUCAGAAAAUUGCCAAAAACAGUUGAAUUUUUGAACUCGCUUGGAGAUUCAAAAUACUCAGUUUUUGAUUUUAAGAUUCACAAUAUUUAUGGAGAUACAUCUAUCAACAAUAUGGUUCCGGUGCUUGGCAGUAAGUUAUAUAUAGACAAAACGCUAAAAGUGCAUAGAAAACCUCCUAAAGUGGAUUACAUAGGCCCAAGUGCUUUGUGAAAUCAGUUUAGAGAGAUGGGAUAUAUUACGUAUCUGGGGUUUGAGGACUGCGAUUAUUAUUUUCCAAAGUCAUUAGGUAGAUACCCAGAAGUUGAUCACAUCGCAAGAUCAUUUUAUUGUGGAGGGUUUGAAUAUAUGGACCUUAAAAUGAAUAAAAAGCACACUACACAGCGAUGUAUGGGAGAUCACAUGUCUCAUUAUUAUAUUCUUAAUUAUACAUUUGCCUUCACAGAUAUGUAUAAAGAUAUUAAUCAAUGGAUAUAUAUUCACAUAAAUACAGCUCAUGAAGAAACAGGACUUCACGCCGCAACCCUUGACCCAGACUUAAGUUAUUUUUUAAAAGACUACUUAAAAAAAUAUGAAGAUACCCACGAUGUAGUAAUAUAUUUGCAUGCAGACCAUGGAAUGAGAUAUGGAAAAUGAUUCACAGAUAUAGAAGCUUAUCAAGAAGCCAAGCUUCCAGCAUUUUUUUUGAUAGCGUCAAAUUCUUUACUAGACAGAAUCCCGAACUCAUAUGACAGUUUAACUUAUAAUACAAUGAGAUUAACCACAAAAAUUGAUUUGAGAACUUCUAGCUUAUAUCUUUCUGGACUACCUUAUGACAUACAGUACCCUGUGUAUCAAGAAGACUACAACAAGCCUUAUUUGAUACUUUUUACAAAAAAAGUGCAUGGAGAGCGCACAUGUGCCAAACUUGGAAUUUCUCCAUUGUAUUGUUCAUGCCUAGUACUUAAAGAUAUUGAUCCUUCAUUUUAUGACCUAAACUCUGAUAAUGAGCUGAAUUUAUUGUUAAGAAAAAUAGUAAUUGAAACCAUUGCAGCCAUAAACGAUGAAGUUUUCACCCCUUCAAAUUUACUAGGAGACUCUAUAUGUAAAAAAUUGUCAUUAAAGUCCAUUCAAAAAGCUUUUGGGCUUCAAUUAACAUCUGUCCUAGAAGAAGUCCAAAUACAGUUUGAUGUAAACGAAAGUGAGACGGCACUUUUUGAAGUUUAUGCGCUUAUAGGAUCAAGCCCAAGAACUGAGAUAUUGAGAAAUGCUGGGGGGCAAGGGGCAACUAUACCUUUUGUGUAUUUAGGUUAUAGAGUUAGAAUAAAAACAAUAGGAAUUAAAAGGAAAGAUGCAUAUGCAGGACCAUGCGAAAAUUUGAGCAGAGCAAAUGGCAUUAACGCGGAAUAUUGCAUUUGCAAAGAAUUCGAAGAAAUUAAGCAGAAAUUUCCAAUAUUAUUUCAAUAA